AUGCCCCGCAGUGAAGCCGCACGCCCCUCACAGAACGGCGCAAAGGCCCACAGCCCCAGCAGAAGCAGCGGCGGCAGCACUCGGCGCUCUGCGUGGGCGCCGUCCUCGGCGUUGCGCUUCCGCAGCAGACGCCCACCGCCCCCGACGCUGUUGCUGCCGUUGUUGUCGGGCGCGGGGACGGAUGCCGCAUCCUUUGCUGCCGCGGCGUCUGCGGCGGCUCCGCCCCAACCUGCACUCUUAGCCUCCCGCUGCGAGGGUCCGUGUGACGUUGCCAGUGCGUUGCCGGGAGUAGGCGAGGACGCGGCUUCCAACUCACGCUGCGGCGCGGGCAAAGUGGCAUCCAUAUCUUUACAGGAAACUCCGUCGCUUGGAGCAGAAACCUCCGGCUGUAGUGGCGUUGGUUCUUUCGGCGUUGCGGCGGGGACGGGUUUUCUUGUGAAGGGCACCGACCUCAUCUGCAUCCAGCGGGCGGUUGUACAGCAGGACGUUCGUCACAGACACACAGCUGUCUUCACUUACCGCGUCAGCUGCGCCGCCGCCGAGAUCGCCGUUGCGGCAGCACCCGCAAGGUCAUUGAGGUGCUUCGACGCAAUCCCAACAAAACCGCCGUCCUCGUCACCUUGCUUCGUGCACUGA